AUGGCUGAUCAGAUCAACAUGGGUGGCCUCUCCCUCAACGAUGGCGGUCACCAAGGCCCUGCCCAGGGUCGAUCCUACAUCCCUCCUCACAUGCGUGGCCGUGGUGGUCCUCCUCCCUCCGGUCCCCAGGGUGGUCCUCAGGCUGGUCCCCAAGGUGGUCCUCAAGGUGGUCCCCCCGCUAUGAACGGUGGUCCUCCUGCCAACGGCAUCAACAACAGUGCCUGGGCUAACCAGAACUACGGUGCCCGCCAAAACAACUGGAGCAACGAUGUUCCUACCUUCCAGGGCAACAACAACCGCCGAGGCGGCUGGGGUGGUCGAGGUGGUGGUUACAGCGGUGGCGGUAACUUCGACGGUCACUCUGGCGGUGGCGCUCCUGCUGCUCGUGGAUCUGGUGAUGGACAAUGGCGCGACGGAAAGCACAUCCCCGGCCCGGCUAACCCCCGUAUCGAGCGCGAGCUUUUCGGUGCCACUGCCGAGGACCCUUCCAAGCAGCACACCGGUAUCAACUUCGAGAAGUACGACGACAUCCCCGUUGAGGCUUCAGGUACAGACGUCCCUGAGCCUGUUCACCAGUUCACCACCCCUCCUCUGGAUGAGCACUUGUGCCGCAACAUCGAGCUCGCCCACUACAAGGUCCCUACACCUGUUCAGAAGUACUCGAUCCCCAUCGUUAGCAACGGUCGCGAUCUGAUGGCUUGUGCCCAGACCGGUUCUGGAAAGACUGGUGGUUUCUUGUUCCCUAUCCUCUCUCAGGCUUUCCUCAACGGCCCUUCUCCCGUGCCCGCUAAUGCCGCCGGUCAGUUUGGUCGCCAGCGCAAGGCUUACCCCACCUCUUUGAUUCUUGCUCCUACCCGUGAGCUUGUGUCUCAGAUCUUCGAAGAGUCCCGCAAGUUCGCCUACCGUUCUUGGGUUCGACCUUGUGUCGUUUACGGUGGUGCCGACAUUGGCUCUCAGCUCCGACAAAUUGAGCGUGGUUGUGAUUUGCUUGUUGCUACUCCCGGUCGAUUGGUGGACCUCAUAGAGCGAGGCCGCAUCUCCCUCCAGAACAUCAAGUACCUCGUGCUCGAUGAGGCCGAUCGCAUGCUGGACAUGGGUUUCGAGCCCCAAAUUCGCCGCAUUGUCGAAGGCGAGGAUAUGCCCCAGGUUCAGGACCGUCAGACCCUCAUGUUCUCAGCCACCUUCCCCCGCGAUAUUCAGAUGCUUGCCCGCGAUUUCCUCAAGGACUACAUCUUCCUUUCCGUCGGUCGUGUCGGUUCCACCUCUGAGAACAUUACUCAGAAGGUUGAGUACGUUGAGGAUGUUGACAAGCGAUCCGUCCUCCUGGACAUUCUUCACUCUCACGCCAACGGUCUCACCCUGAUCUUCGUCGAGACCAAGCGCAUGGCUGAUUCGCUUUCCGACUUCCUCAUCAACCAGAACUUCCCUGCUACAUCUAUUCACGGUGACCGUACCCAGCGCGAGCGUGAGCGUGCUCUCGAGUUCUUCCGUAACGGUCGAUGCCCCAUCUUGGUUGCUACCGCUGUUGCCGCUCGAGGUUUGGAUAUCCCUCACGUCACUCACGUUAUCAACUACGAUCUCCCCACCGAUGUUGACGAUUAUGUCCAUCGUAUUGGUCGUACUGGUCGUGCCGGAAACACUGGUAUUGCCACUGCAUUCUUCAACCGUGGCAACCGUGGUAUUGUUCGCGAGCUUAUGGACUUGCUCAAGGAGGCCAACCAAGAGGUCCCCGCUUUCCUCGAGACAAUUGCUCGUGAGUCUUCCUUCGGAGGAGGAGGUCGUGGUGGUCGCUCCCGUGGCGGUGGUGGCCGCGGUGGUGCCACUCGUGAUUUCCGAAAGUUCGGCGGCGGCGGCUUUGGUGGUAACAACAACAGCAACGGCGGCGGCGGCGGCGGCUUCAACACUGGAGCUCAGGGUGGCGGCUUCAACGCUGGUGGUGGCGGCGGCGGCGGUUAUGGAGGCGGCGCUGGCUACGGUGGCGGAGCUGGCUACGGCGGUGGUGGUUACGGUAACCCCAGUGGCCCUGGCGCUCAGUCGUCUUGGUGGUAA